AUGUCAUUGCCACUACGACCCGGAUUGGAAAAUAUCACGUCGUUGGACAGGGUGCUUGAAGAUUUGCUAGUGCGGUUUAUUAUUAACUGCCCGCCAGAGGACCUCUCCAGUGUCGAGAGAGAACUGUUCCACUUCGAGGAGGCGUCAUGGUUUUACACUGAUUUUGUUAGGAUAAUGAAUCCCAAUUUACCCUCAAUGAAGAUUAAGUCUCUGUCACAAUUGUUUAUCAAGCUGUGCCCCCUGAUUUGGAAGUGGGAUAUUAAGGCUGACGAGGCGUUGGUCAAGUUUUCCAAAUAUAAAAAGACUAUCCCAGUAAGGGGUGCUGCGCUGUUCAAUGCGGAUCUGAAUAAAAUGUUGCUUGUGAAGGGUACAGAAUCGGACUCGUGGUCCUUCCCAAGAGGGAAGAUUUCGAAAGAUGAGGAUGAUGUGGAUUGUUGCAUUCGUGAAGUUGAUGAAGAGAUCGGAUUCGAUUUGACUACGUAUAUUGACGCAGAUCAAUUUGUUGAGAGGACAAUCUCGGGGAAAAAUUACAAAAUAUAUAUCAUCAAAGCUGUCCCUGAGGAUUUCCCCUUUAAACCCAAAGUGAGAAAUGAAAUUGACAAGAUUCAAUGGUUUGAUUUCAAGAAAGUUACCAAGAUGGUCAACAAAUCUCAUGGUGGUAACCAGUACAAAUUCUACCUUAUCAAUUCGAUGAUUAGAUCCUUGUCUAUCUGGGUCAGACAACAGAGACAAAUAAAGAACGACGACCAACUGAAACAGUUUGCUGAAGAACAAUUGAAGUUGUUGCUCGGUAUCAACAAAAAGGCCGAAAUUGAUCCGGGGAGAGACCUACUAAACAUGUUGCAUUCAGCAGUUCAAUCGAACGGGAACACGGAUCAAACUAUAAAUCCCUCUGAACAACAAAAUACUAGUAUUAAGGCGCCAGCAACAGCUAGCCCCCCAGACUCCGCAGAACAGAGUAACACGCCAUUGUAUAAUAACACAGUGAUCGGCCAAUAUCCAGCUGGCCAAUAUCCUCCAAUAUUUCCACAAGCACAACAGAGUACUAUUAGGGCUAUGGGGUUCCAACCUUUUGCGCCAUUCCCAUUCUCUAACGGGGUGCUUCCAACCGCGGUCCCACAAAUGUUUAUGAUGAACCCACCGAUUGCACUACAACAACAAGCUAGUGUGAACAGCACUUUCCCUCCACCAAAAUUAACUACAGUUCCUUCCACACCAAACGUCAGCUCACUUUCGAAACCAUCACUAGCUGUCUCCGGGCAAAAUCAAAACUCAAAGGAAUUGCUGAGUUUGUUGACUCAAAAGUCCAAACCUACCUCCGCUGAAAAAGAAUCACAGAGAAAUGACAGUGCUGACUUGAAGGAUAAGCUAUCCAAUGACUCCAGGGUCUUACUAAGCAUUCUUCAUAGUAAAGCUACAGAACAAAAUUAUUCUACAGACAAUAGCCCUCAAGCAACUGCGCAUUUCCCAGAAAAGAACUCACCACCGCAACACCAACCAGAACCAUUGCUUGCUCCUCAACACACCAGCGAGCCAGUGUCAAACGACAAUAUUGAUAAUUACGAAGAUUUCGAGGUUGGGUCCUCUGACGAGGAGGACGAGGUGGAAGAGGAACAGGUUGCAAAGGAGUCCCCCUCUUAUACAUCUGCCCUACCACAGUCUUCCCAUUAUACAACACCUGCUGAUAAUUACAGCAAUUUCGAAGAUUCUUCAGGGUCUAGUUCCGACUUUGAAUCUGCCACGGACGGUAAUGGUGGAAUGAGCGAGUCUGACAUUGAAGAAGUCGAAUUAGAAGCAUUAAACCAAAACAACCUGAACGACCCCAUCAUCUCAAAGGAUAUUUUAAAGGAAAAUGCGUUUAAGAAUGGGGAGGUUCCCCACAACGAUCACAUUAGCGAGAGUGUGAGAUCUAUCAAUGGUAGCAAAUUACAUAGCACCAAUGUUUCUCCUCAACCAGCUGCGCCAACAAGCUUACCCAAACCAAAAUUCAAGCUUCUGAAGCGCGGGGAGAAGUUGGAUGACGUAAUCAAGCCGAAGACGGCUUUCCCUGCAUCACAGGACAAUAUAACCGUCGAUGAGGAAGCGAUCAUUGAUGAAGAUAAAGUUGAUACCACAAACAACGAACUAUUGAAUAUGUUGAGGAGGCACUCAGAGAAGAAGGGGGAAGCACCCUCAGCAUCACACCCAACAACGACAUCUAACAACGAACUGCUAAACAUAAUCAAGGGUAACCACCCGGCCCCACAGUCCGAGAAAGAUUCCGGACAUACAUUAUUAGACAUGCUGAAAAACCCUACAAAAUCUGAAAGGCCUUCGACUGGUCAACAGUAUUCACAGUCAUCUGAAUCUGGGGAGCUUCUUUCGCUUUUGAAAGGUCCAUCGAAGGAUCGAGCACCAUAUCACACCAGCACCCCAUUCCAAUCAGUGAAUGACACGACACGUCUCCCAACGGAAGGGUUAUCCUCCUCCUUUGAAUCGGUCGAAGCUUCAAUUCCAGGUCAAGACCUCUUUGGGGUUUUGGGGAACAAACCCGCAGUACCCACUGCUACUAGCAUGGAUGCCAGUGCAAUUAAUGGCAUGACAUCAAGAUUUUCGAACAAUUUGUCGUCCCGUGCAUCUGUUCAAUCUACCCAGUCGGGCGCUACUGACUUGUUGAACCUACUAAAGAAGCCCACUUCUCAGAGUUCUGCAGAGAAAACAGACAAGAGUGCGUCGAAUGAGUUACUUAAUAUUUUACAUGGGAAAUAA